AUGGAUAUAUUUAAUAAUUUUAAUAAUAAAACUAAUAGUUAUUUCAAUGAAAAAAGUGAAAAAAAAUAUAAGUUAACCAAAAAAAACUGUUUUAUAAUAACUUGUUUUAUUGCUUACAUAUUUUUUUUAUCAACUAUAAAUAAUUUAGAUAAAUACUUACAUCUAAAAACUUCACGUUGUAUCCUAACUUAUUCUAAUGUUUUAUAUUUCAUUUCUUUUUAUUCAUUAAAUAUUCAAGUUGAAUUAUUAAUAGGAGUAAAAAAUGGAAUUCUACCAGUAGAUAAGUAUCUAAAGGAAAUUAAAAAAAAACUAAAGAGUAUUGAUUUUUUUUUAGUUCACCAAAUAAUAUAUUUGAUCUAUAAAUUUUGGAAAUACGUCAUAAUUAAUAAAAUAAAAGUGAAUAACAUUUGUAAAAUUGGGAUAUUUUUAUCAAUUGUAAACUUUUUAAUUCAAAAAAAUACGCAAAAUGACAUUUUUAGAAUAUAUUUAUCUUUUUAUUUGUUUGUCUUAUUGUUUAUUUUGCAUUUGUCUUUUAAAAUUGUAAUGAGAGACUUUAUGAUAUUUCAAUGUGAUUUAUUAAUGAACGAAUUUGGAUUUAUUUUAAUAUUUUUAAAUUUAAGUGAUAGUUAUUAUUUAAGAUAUUCAAAUACAUUAAUAAUAUGUGUUCUUAGAUUAAUUGCUUUCAAAAUUAUAUUUAACUCAGCAGUUCAUAAAUAUAUUCAUAAUGGUAAUCAAUGGUUACAUCUAGAGGCAUUUCAAAAUUUAUUCUCAUGCCAACCAGUUCCCUCACUAUUAUCACAUAUAGCUAAUUGCAAAUCUAGCAAAGAACUAAUUUGUCUGUUAAUUAUUGCAUCCGAGUUUUUAUUUUCUUGGUUUAUAUUUUGCUCUUCAAGCCUGAGAAUAUUUUUUUUUAUUAUUUUUGUUUCAAUUCAUAUAACUUGCUAUAUCAUUUGCAAUUAUUUUUUUUUUUCAUACAUUUGUCUAAUUUUAUUUUUCUCAUGUUUUGAUGAUUCUGUUUUUAAUUUUUUUUCAAAUUCUACAGAUAUUCCAAUUCUCUAUAAAUUUAAUAUUCUUGUCAAUAUACUGAUAUUUUUAUUAGUUUCUUUAAUUAACUUUAUUGUGUUUGUAAAUUUUGUUCCUUUUUUUGAGAAGUGGAAUAUUUAUAAUUUGAAAUGUUUUCAUUUUUUUUAUCAUAUUUAUUAUAAAAUUUCUCCUAUAAAUAUUUGUAACUCAUAUGCUAUGCCGAUCUAUAAGAACGAUAAUAGAAAAGAAAUUGUUAUAGAAGAGUUACAUAAAAUAAGAGAAAAUUAUGAAUGGAAGGAAGUUCAUUUUAAAUAUAAGCCAAGCAAUAUAAAUAAAAUAGGAAAUGUUUUGUGGUGGGGUCAUAUACCUAGAUUUGAAUGGAAAUUGUUUUUUUUUUCAUAUCAAUAUAAAAAUGAAAACCUAAAAACAAAAAUAUAUCCAAUUUACAUAUGUUCUUUUUUAAAAAAAUUGUGCAAUAGAGACAAGAUAUUAAUAUCUAUGCUAAAUGAAAUUAAGGAUGAUCAAAUAAAUAAAAUUCCUAUUCUUAUUAGAAUAAUUUUUUAUCAUUAUAAAAUGACAAAACAAGAGAUGAACAGUGAUUUAGAUAUAAGUGAUCCCGACGUUAAAGAAGAAAUGAAAUGGGAAUUCGGAAAAUAUUGGCUUAGAAGAAGAAUUAAUAUUAUAGAAACUUUAAAAUAUAGAGGAAAAAAUUAA